AUGGACCCAGCAGCUCCCGCCACCCGCAUGACCUCUUCCUUCACCAUCAACAUCUCCACGCCCUCGUUCUACAACCAGCCCAAGAAGUUUGCCCCCGUGGUGCCCCCGAAGCCCAAGGUGAACCCCUUCAAGGCCCCGGAAGAAGCAGAGCCCAAGAACGCCCCGGUAGGGUCCCUGGAAGGCCCCGGCAUUAAGGCUUUCUUAGGAAAAGUUGGAGAGAUCCCGCCCCCGGCGCCAUCUAGCGGAGAGCAGGAAGAAUUUAUCCUGCCGCCUCCCCCCCUCCCAGCGAUGACUCCAUCUUGAGCCCUGUGUCUUUUCCGCCUCCUCCACCCAACUUCAGUGAUGAUGUUCUUGGCUCCCCCACAUCUUGUUUUCCCCCCUCCUCCACCUCCUGAGUUUGCCGAACCCUUCCCGCCCCCUGCAGAGGAAUCCUUCCCAUCACCACCUCCGCUGGAGGAAGCCAAUGAUAUCCAGGUUCCACCACCACCUCCUCUGGCUCCACCUAUCCCACUUCUAUCUGCACCGAAACCUGCUGCACCGGUACCUUCCAAGCCCACUGCCCCAUCAAUGUUUACUCCAAAAAAUACUCCUACAUUUUCUCCCAAGACUGCUGGUCCAUCGUCUUUCAGCCCUAAGCCUGCCGCUCCUGCACCAGUUGCUCCAAAGCCUGCUUCUCCAUUUGUUCCAAAAGUAUCUGCUCCUCACACAUAUUCUCCUUCACCUCCUGCUGCAGACCCUCCACCGGCUCAGACCUUCUCCCCAAAGCCAAGUGCAUCAUCAUUUUCUCCAAAACCAACUCCAUCUCAAACCUUCACUCCGAAGCCUUCUGCUCCACACACUUUCUCUCCCCGGCCAACAGAGCCAAGUUCAGAGGCCUUGCGACCACCAGAGCAAAAAUUUCCACCACCACACCCUGUGGUGUCUGAACCUCCAGCGUCCUCCAUACCAUCAUCUGUACGAUCACCAGGAUUCAACUAUGCACAUCAACGAGAAAAGCCUCAAGUGCUUGAAAAAGCCAGACCGGAUGAAAAUGCCAGGGUUCCAGCCCCGCAGAUGGAGUUUAGCAGAAAUUUUGUGCCACCAGAGAGUGUUAAAAGUGGAGUGAUAAAAGCCAAUGGGACAUCUGGCCCUAAACCACAACCAGAACAUUUUCAGGCACCAAGGCUGCAGUCAGAUGGCAUGCAGACCAGAGGACCUCAGCCAAGCCCACAAAGACCUUCUGAUCCUAAUCGGACUGCUGGCUCCACUACCCUAAACAUGAAGGAAGUGGAAGAACUGGAGAUGCUGACUCAGCAGUUAAUGCAGGAGAUGGACAAACAGCCCACAGCAGAAGGACACUCCAUGGAUCUCUGCGGAUUCUGUGGUAAGGGUCUUUCUCGGACAGAGACGGUGGUGCGAGCUGGAGAACACUUUAUACCAUGUACAUUGCUUCACGUGCUCCAAGUGUGACCAGCAGCUCCAGGGUCAGCAGUAUUAUGAGAACAAGGGACGUCCACUCUGUGAGGACUGCUACCAGGACACAUUGGAAUGUUGUGCCGUGUGCCAAAAGAAGAUUACCGAACGUUUGCUGAAGGCGAUGGGCAAGGCCUACCACCCAGAAUGCUUCACCUGUGCGGUGUGCCACCGUCCUCUGCAGGGCGAGCCUUUUAUAGUGGACCAGAACAAUCUGCCGCAUUGCGUUGCAGAUUACCACCGGCGGUAUGCCCCUCGCUGUUCCGUUUGUGGGGAUCCAAUUGCCCCCGAGCCUGGCCGGGAUGAGACAGUGCGGGUGGUGGCUUUGGAGAAGAACUUCCAUAUGAUGUGUUACAAGUGUGAGGACUGUGGUAGCUCUCUCUCUGUUGAGGCUGAUGACUCUGGCUGUUUCCCAUUGGAUGGCCAUGUUUUGUGCAAGAAGUGCCACAUAGUGCGUGCGCGGGCUGUUCACUGA